CACGCCUGUCCUAAGCAUUUAACUCUCUUGUUGCUUUUACCAUUUGGAAGGGGAUGUCAAUGACAGGAGACGUUGUCAUGGAUGAAUUUCAGCAACAAUGGGAGUGACUAUGUUGGAAGAUCUACUGAGUUGUGUUCUGUGAGAUGCUUGGCUAUAUUGCUGUUUGGAGCCAGUACUUUCACCACUGAGAGAAGCAGUCAUCACUUACAGAUGCAGCUUCAUCCACCUUAAUGUAUGAUCAUGGAACAUGAUGAGGUGCUGACGGAGCUCGACCGGAUUUCUACGCGGCUUCAGGAAGAUGGUUUGCCUCCAGCUUCCAGUCCUGAUGAGCGGCAGCGUCACCUGUGGCGGCAGCUGCUCAAGAGUGAGGCAAAGUUUCAGUCCGCCACCCAGGAGCUGCACACUGUACGUACCCAGCAGGCCAAUGAGAUGAAGGAGGUGGAGAGCUAUGUUGCACAUAUUCGUGGGCUGCUGCAACAGCGUGAGUGUCUCACUGCAGGCUAUGAGAGAGACAAUGAACAACUGCGACAAGAGCUUCACCAGAUCAGACAACAGCAAGAGAGCCAGAGCAAAGAGCUGGCAGAGAUGUUGGCCCAGGAGGACCUUGGGGAAAUGGGCUUGAGCACCCCCAGUGAACAGGUGGCUUACUUGCUGGUGGAGAGGGCCACACUGCUGGAAAGGCUGGAAGCUGCUGAGAGGAGGCUGGACAGUCACAGCCUCUCUGACAACUUGAGGGAGGUCCACCUCCAGGCCCACAGUGAAGAGAUAUCCCAUGAGCGAAGUGAGCGCCAGAGGUUGGAGCGGGACUUGGAAGAGGCGUCUAGUAGGCUGGAGAUGGCUCAUCAGGAAAUCCGAAGACUCAACAAUGAGCUGGAUGUUGCUAAAAAUAACAACCUAGACCCAAGUGAUAUGUUGAAGCUGCAGAGAGCCAAAGAGCAAAAUGACAGACUGGAUACAGAGAACAGAGCUCUGAGGGAGAGAGUGCGCUUUAUAGAGUCUGAGAAGAACAAUCUCCUUGACCAGUUGGCAAGGAAUGAUAUAGACAAAGAUGUUGCUGCCAAAGAGGAUCGAAAGGACAAGAAUAUUAGCAGUGAUCCACAAAACGAUCUGUCAGCUACAGAAAAGGAUCUCAUUCACAAACGGUGUCAAGCAGCCAUGGAAGACAGGCUUGUACAGCUGAGGGAGCUGGAACGGCAACUCCUGAGGCUACGCAAGGAACAGGAGGAGCUUGAAGAGAGGAACGAGGAGCUGGAGUCCCUGCUGGGGGAGACUCAGAAUGCCAGCAAGGAGGAGAGACAUCGCCAUGAGGGAGAACUGGAGGGUCUACACAGGAGGAUCAAAAGCCUGGAGGGAGAGCUUAAGAAGCAGGAUACCCAGGAAAAACUAUUAAAGAACGGGGAAGAGGUCAAAACCACUGAGUCCUACUUACAGCUGCACCUAAGGGACAGCAGCCAGGAGAGACUAGCUCUGCUAGAAGCUCGUCUGACUGAGGAGAAGGAGUGGAGGAAACAGCUGGAGGUGGACCUCAGUGCUGCCCAGGCUGCACUUAAAAAAGACAAGGAGGCUUUGCAGAUAGGUGAGCGAGAGCUGAAGAAGCUGAGACUUGAGGUCAACAGCAUUCAGACAGAGUGCCAACAAGGGAAAACACUCAUCAAGAGCCUCAACCAAGUUAAGGGGGAAAAAGCCACUCUGGAGGAAAAGGUAGCCCAGAUGGAGCGCGCCCACCGCCGACUUCAGAGUGAGGUAGAGCACUACAAGGACAGUAACCGGACCCAGGAGGACCUGCGGGAAAACCAGUUGCAGGUUGACCAUCUGCAGGACCAGGCUGAUCGGCUCACCGUGGAACUCAGCAGCCUCCAGACGGCACACAACACACUUAGGGAUGAAAUGGUUUCUGAGCGGCUGCAGACUGCUGAGCUCCAGGCCAAACUGAGCAGCAGUCUCCAGGAGAAGCUAGUGGUUGAGGGGGAAAGAGAGAGACUUCGGCUCGAGAUACAACGACUCAAGGGGCAACUCCAGUGGCCUCAAGAGCAGCUCUCCUCGACAAAGGAAGCACUUAGAAACCGAAAGUCGGACUUGCUCACAACUCACACAGAGUCUAGGCUUAGUCCAGUGGAGAUGACUAAGGAUGAGUGCAUGGAUCAGCUUUCAUGUCUGAAGCGGGAGCUGAAUCAUCUGCAGACCAAGCUGGGAGAGGAGCGGCAGCUGGCCUCUCAGCACCAACUGGCUUUGCAGGCUCAGAUCAAUGAAGGCCAGGCACGAAUCAAGUCUCAGGACUUAGUGAUGAGCCAGAAGGCAGAGGAGGCUAAACAGAUGAAGCAGGACCUGCAGAGGUUGCAGAGCCUGUUCACUUCAGCAGAGAGAGAGCUGCGCUAUGAGAAGGAGAAGAACAUGGACAUGAAGAGACACAACACCCUGCUGGACCAGGAAAAACUCAAACUUUGUGCAGAGCUGAAUCAGGUUCAGACCAAACUGGUCCAGUUGGAGCAGAGCGUCCACAUUCAAACAGCUGAUUGUGAACAUCAGCAGCAAAGAAUCAGGGAACUGGAGCUGGAACUGGCACGCAACUCCACAAACCGCAGCACCACCACCAGUCUGCAGGAGGAUCUACAGGCUGAGAGGGCGCGGCUCAUUGCUGCUGACAAGAAGGUGUUGGAGCUGCAACAGCAGCUUAAGAAUGCCCAGCACCAGCUGCGCAUGGAGGAGGCUCGGGCUGGCGAGAGCAACCGCCUGGAGAGGGACAGCAGGGAUCUGUCUGACACCCUGUCAGCCCUGAGAGCCCAGCAGCAGGAGGAGCACAUCACCAGGAAGCUGUUAGAGCAGCGUGAAGAAGAGCUGCAGCAGCAGGUGCGCUCCCUGAGGCUGAAGGAGGGGUCCCUGACCAGGACAAAUGCAGAGCUCAGUCACCGUGCCCAGCAGCUGGACACCCGUCUAUCCAUCCUGGAGGCUGAGCUUAACAAGACCAGAGAGGAGGCGAGAGACAGCCAGACGUCAAGCCACAGACUGAAGGAGGACCUGGCAGCCAGUCAGCAGGAAUAUGACAGACUGCAGGCUGAGCUGCAGCAGAUUCUCUUCCAACUGGACACACACGUCAGGAAGUACAAUGAAAAGCAGAGUCAGCACAAGACCAAGAUGCGUCAGGUUAAGCAGGCCUUUCAUAAAGCCACUACACAAAGGGACAGCACCAUUCAGAAGCUGGAGAAUGACCUGAUGCUGGCCUCCAGCCUCACAAACAAGGAGAAGGAGAGGGUCCAUAAAGUGGUGGAGGAAAAUGAGAAGCUGUUGGAUGAGAAAAGGGUGCUGUUGCUGAAGAUAAGUGAGGCAGAGGAAAUGGGCAGCAAUGGUAUGAGGGCCGCAUCCACAGCUCAACACAGGCUCAAGGUUUUAGAAGUGGAAAACAGACAACUACAGGAUCGAACGCUGAAGCUGUCCAAUCAAGUCAGUUCCUUAGAGCGCACCCUGAGGAACAUCCAGUCGUUCUACAGUCUGGAGAAUGCCAAGAAAGUGCUCCCCUCUGAAAGCCUCUGUGACGGCAUCCUGCAUACAUCCACGCUAAGUCUGACAUCAGGUUCGUGUGACCCAUUGGACAUCCUGGACGCAAUCUGCCGUGUGAAGGUUGCUGAUCGUGCAGUGGUGGACAGCACUCGAGCAUCUGUGUCCACACACCAGCCAUCAGAGCAGGGCUACCUGAAUCUCACCUCCCCAUUUGUUCCUCCAGACAUCAAAGGCACAGAAGGGAACGCCAAUAACAGUGAUGAGGUAUGAGAGGAUGAGUUGGUAGUAUUGCAACAUCCGUCACCUCCACAGGAGACAAACAUCAGAACAAAAGAGUGAAAGGAUAUGUAGGCUGCUAAUAAUCCUU